GUGUCUACUGAAGUUUGGGAAAUGAGGAGUCAACUCUUGGUCUAAUACUGUAUGAUUUCUGGUAGGUCCUAUUUUAGGACGAGAUGCAAUAUUGUUGAAACGCCAAUCUGCUUUGGUUCAGGCAGUUGGCUUUUCAGCUGAGAAGCCAUUUCUUCUUCCUCUUUUUAAAAUUUUUUUGCUGACUUACUGAACUUAUGAAACCAUGGCGGAAGGAGAGACACAGUCACCUGGGCCCAAAAAGUGUGGUCCCUAUAUCUCAUCUGUCACUAGCCGAAGUGUGAACUUGAUGAUUCGAGGAGUAGUGCUGUUUUUUAUUGGAGUAUUUCUUGCAUUAGUGUUAAAUUUACUUCAGAUUCAGAGAAAUGUGACGCUUUUUCCACCUGAUGUGAUUGCAAGCAUCUUUUCUUCAGCAUGGUGGGUACCGCCGUGCUGUGGCACAGCUUCAGCCGUGAUUGGGUUAUUAUACCCCUGCAUUGACAGGCAUCUAGGAGAACCACAUAAAUUUAAAAGAGAGUGGUCCAGUGUAAUGCGGUGUGUAGCCGUCUUUGUUGGUAUAAAUCAUGCCAGCGCUAAAGUGGAUUUUGAUAACAACAUACAGUUGUCUCUCACACUGGCUGCACUAUCCAUUGGACUGUGGUGGACUUUUGAUAGAUCUAGAAGUGGUUUUGGCCUCGGAAUAGGAAUUGCUUUCUUGGCAACUUUGGUCACUCAACUGCUAGUCUAUAACGGUGUUUAUCAAUAUACAUCUCCAGAUUUCCUCUAUGUUCGCUCUUGGUUACCGUGUAUAUUUUUUGCCGGAGGCAUAACAAUGGGAAACAUCGGUCGACAGCUGGCAAUGUAUGAAUGUAAAGUUAUCGCAGAAAAAUCUCAUCAAGAAUGAAGAAGGCAAAAACAUAUCUUUUGUACAGAAAAACAAGAUGAAAAGGGCGUGUAAAUGAUAGCUAUACCAACAAAACUUCGGACUAUAAAAUUGCCAGGAUGCAGUUUUCCCCUUAAUUGGUGUGUGUAUAUAUAUAUACACACAUAUACAUAUAUAUACACACAUACAUAUGUUACUGCAAUCUGUGAUUGCUUCAUCUGUAAAUCAAGUACAAACCUUUAUGUAUUUGACUUAAAUAACUGUAAAAUAUGUAUGCACUACGUUAAAAAACAUGUUGAUUAAUAGAUGAAAUUUUUAAAUUAAUUUUUUAGACAUACCAUAUAUUGUAUCACAAUGUUGAUGUGCCAAAAUAUUCAGUUAUCGUCAUGCAGAGUAUAAGAAUGCUUUGAACAAUUUAUAAACUUACUGAAAUAAAAUAUGAGGAAAGCCAAAAAAAAAAAAAAAAGCAAAUGGAAAGCGGUAUAUUCUCUUUUGCUUACUGUUGUGCCUUUUUAUUUUUCUAAUAUAUAGCAGUACGAGUUAUGGGUGCCCUAAUGUGUGGUUAGUUUCUAUUUUAAUGUUGUCUCGGAGAGCUUUGGCUGUUUUAAUAUAUGAUGAAAAAGAACUUCCAGGGAACAUUUUCAUACCUUCAUUACAGGAGAGAGUCCAAAGAGUAAUUUUUUGUUUUAACAGAUUUUACUGGAGGUGAAACUCCCAGCAGGAGAGUUUAUCAGCAUUAAAUUGUUUUGAGUCUAAAUCUUUAAGAAUACAUAUAAUUAAAAGUAAGGACCAUUGAAAAAUUUAACUAGAGUAAAUAUGUUUUACAAAUACAAAAUGACCUUCUGGAGUGCCACAAAGUGUUAGUGAUAUUAACUGUCAUUUGCAGUACAGUAUUCCACUGCUUUUGCACAUGGAACGCGUAAGAAUUCCCGAACAGGUCAAAAUCAAGUUUCUAACUGUCUUGGGUUCUAUAAUCUGUUGGGUUCUGUAAAGCAAACCGUUUGAGCUGGGCUGCUUCAUAUGAUUGAUUGUCAGUGGAUUGCAUCCGAGGAGUGGAUGGGCACAUAAUUUCUUAUGUAUCCAUGUGCCCAUUAGUGAACAGUUCAAGAAUGUAUUGUUUAAGAAUGUAUUGGGAUGGCAUAUUGUGCAUGUUAAAGAUCCUGGUAGCAGUUUUGUGCAUAUUUUUCCAACAACUAGAGCCUUUUGAGUGUGAUUUAAACAUAGUCUUAGUUAACCUUUUCCCCCAGUUUUUAUUUUUGAAAUUGAUGGCAGUUGUCUGAUACACAAGGGUGAAAUCUGCUUACUCUGGAGGGGUGUGUGUGUGUGUGUGUAGGAUUGAGUGAGAGAGAGAGUGUGUGUGUGUGUGUGUGUAGGAUUGAGUGAGGGAGAGUGUGUGUGUGUGUGUGUGUGUGUAGGAUUGAGUGAGGGGGAGAGAGAGUGUGUGUGUGUGUGUGUGUGUGUAGGAUUGAGUGAGAGAGAGAGUGUGUGUGUGUGUGUGUGUAGGAUUGAGUGAGAGAGAGAGAGUGUGUGUGUGUGUGUAGGAUUGAGUGAGAGAGAGUGUGUGUGUGUGUGUAGGAUUGAGUGAGAGAGAGAGAGUGUGUGUGUGUGUGUAGGAUUGAGUGAGAGAGAGUGUGUGUGUGUGUGUAGGAUUGAGUGAGAGAGAGAGUGUGUGUGUGUGUGUGUGUAGGAUUGAGUGAGGGAGUGUGUGUGUGUGUGUGUGUAGGAUUGAGUGAGGGAGAGAGAGUGUGUGUGUGUGUGUAGGAUUGAGUGAGAGAGAGAGUGUGUGUGUGUGUGUGUGUAGGAUUGAGUGAGAGAGAGUGUGUGUGUGUGUGUAGGAUUGAGUGAGGGAGUGUGUGUGUGUGUGUGUGUGUAGGAUUGAGUGAGGGAGAGAGAGUGUGUGUGUGUGUGUGUAGGAUUGAGAGAGAGAGAGUGUGUGUGUGUGUAGGAUUGAGUGAGGGAGAGUGUGUGUGUGUGUGUGUGUGUGUAGGAUUGAGUGAGGGAGAGUGUGUGUGCGUGUGUGUGCGUGUGUGUGCGUGUGUGUGCAUGUGCUCAUGCUCUCUUAAUCUGUCAACUAGAUAUUUUUCCAUUUUUGAUUUUAAAACCAUUUCUGUCAGACUGAGAUCUUGUAUGCCAAACUUUAAUCUGCUCUUAUGUUUUAAGGCUGAAAGUGUGAAAAUCCUAAGAGGAUUUCCUAUUGAAUAUAUGUACACAAUCUUAACUAUAGUGGUGGUAAACAUACUACUGUAAUUUAUUAUUCUAUCUUCCAGAUAAUGUUAUUCAUUUAGAACAAAUAAGGUAUAUUUUUAGAAUCAACUUU